UUGUGGACUGACCUCCGGGAGUCCAGCCAACGUUUUUGCUGAACAGUUCAUCGUCAUACCUUCCACAUUCGUGCAUAUUGCCGUAAACAGGCAUUUCACAUGUCCAAUUACUGUGCUCUAUUCGCUGCGCACUUUUUAAUUUUUAACCCCGCCUUAGUUUAUGGGCGUUGCUUUCGUGCCUAUUCAUCCUAUCAAACGCGCAAGAAUUACUCAGGGGUGUGGUUAAGCGUUUGCUUGACUGACGCGUGUAGUGCCGCCAGAACUGAGGCAGAUCUCGAAAUGGCGGAGUGUAGCAGCAUGGAGGUGUCCAGUGGACAGGCAGAGACCUCCGAGAAGCCAGCAGCAGAGGACAUGACCUCAAAAGAUUAUUAUUUUGAUUCAUAUGCCCAUUUUGGUAUUCAUGAGGAAAUGUUAAAGGACGAAGUGCGCACUCUCACAUACCGAAAUUCCAUGUUUCACAACAAACAUCUUUUUAAAGAUAAGGUGGUUCUGGAUGUGGGCAGUGGUACCGGAAUUUUGUGUAUGUUUGCUGCUAAAGCUGGUGCUAAAAAGGUUAUUGGGAUAGAGUGCUCCAGCAUUUCAGAUUAUGCAGUAAAAAUUGUCAAGGCCAAUAAACUUGACCAUGUUGUGACCAUCAUUAAAGGCAAAGUGGAAGAAGUGGAGUUGCCUGUAGAUGGAGUAGACAUUAUCAUCUCAGAAUGGAUGGGUUAUUGUUUGUUCUAUGAAUCCAUGCUUAAUACUGUAAUUUAUGCAAGGGACAAGUGGCUGAAACCUGAUGGCUUGAUCUUCCCGGACAGAGCAACUCUGUAUGUUACUGCGAUUGAAGAUCGUCAAUACAAGGACUAUAAAAUCCACUGGUGGGAGAAUGUGUAUGGUUUUGACAUGUCCUGCAUUAAGGAUGUAGCCAUUAAGGAGCCUUUAGUUGACGUUGUUGAUCCAAAGCAGCUUGUUACUAGCUCCUGCCUCAUUAAGGAGGUUGAUAUAUACACGGUCAAGACAGAGGACCUUUCUUUUACAUCUCCCUUCUGCUUGCAAGUAAAGAGAAAUGAUUACAUUCAUGCACUUGUCACAUACUUCAAUAUUGAGUUCACCAGAUGUCACAAGAGGACUGGCUUCUCUACUAGCCCAGAAUCUCCUUAUACUCAUUGGAAACAGACAGUCUUUUACUUGGAUGACUAUUUAACUGUAAAGACUGGAGAGGAAAUCUUUGGAACCAUCAGCAUGAAACCCAAUGCAAAAAAUAAUCGGGAUCUGGACUUUGUUGUAGACAUUGAUUUCAAGGGUCAGCUAUGCGAGAUGAGCAAGACUUCAGAAUACCGGAUGCGCUAGAGCAGAGGUCUUGAAGACAAAUCCCCACUUAGUACAAAAUUACAUAGUUCACUUUGUUCACAGUUUCUCCAUAGAAAUUACAUCCUGAGCAAUGGACAUGUUUUUGUCAUUGCACUGCCUGCCUAAGGUGCCAUUCCCUUAUGUUCCUGCCAUUUGCUAUUUCAUCUUUCUGUGUGGGAAACUUGUACUUUAAAUGUUGUGAAAUAAGUGAUUAACUAAAGGACUGUAAGUUAAAUAUUUGGACAGUCUUCCCUGACUGACAAAGGACUUUUAUUUGUGUUUGCUGCUUUUUAUAUAUAAAAAAAAGAAAUAAAGUUAGUUUCUUUGGAAGAAGAGGUGACCCCCUCUCCUGGAUUUCAGAA